AUGAAGGUUACCUAUACCAUUCUUGCCCUCCCGGUCGUCGCUCUGGCGGCCCCCAACCUCAUGGACUCCAGCGACCGCCGCAGCGACAUCACCGAUGCGCUGCAGCUGCUGAAUUCGGGCAUCACCAAGGCCCUGGCCUGCUUCGACAUUGCCCUCGCCAAGGCCGGCGUCCGGAAGCCCGGCGCGGUGGUCCCGCAGCCGCCGAUGGGCGUGGACUGCGACGCCCUCAUCGCCAUGAUCAUUGGGGGCGGCGGCAAAGCGACGCCUAGCGGCACGGCAAGUUCGGCGAGCAGCACAUCCAGCACCUCGGCCAUGAGCAGCAGCAGCCCCAGCACUUCGACCACGAGUAGCCCCAGUGCUUCCUCCUCCUCCUCUUCUUCUGCAAGCACAUCGAGCGCUUCAACAACGACGGGAAGCUCGUCGAGCACCAGCAGCAUGCCAACCAGCACCAGCAGCAGCAGCAGCAUGUCUACGAGCAGCAUGUCUACCACCGGAAGCAGCAGCACAUCUAGCGCCACCAGCAGUGCCUAA